AUGUGCGUCCAAAUCUACCGCUGCCACGGCGGCUGCUGGCACCUCUACCGCGCCGGAUGGCUGUCGUGCGACAAGGCCAAAGCCCGCCCGAACAAGGAGCUCUGCCUGCCCGCAUCCGGCAACAAGCGGGACCUUCCGGGCUUGUUCAACCGGAUCAUCGACCCUGACGAGCCCAUGUUCUGCGAGAUGUGUAUGAUCGCCAUGAAAGAGGGCCAUCACCGGCCGUGGGAUCUUUUUGCCCGGAUACGAGCGGCUGUCGAGGGGGCGGAAGAGCGGGAUGAUGCCCCCCAGGAAGAUGACACCCGGGAAGAUGCCGCCAGAAUGAACGAAGGGGGGCCCAUCUGA